CUGGAUUUCACCCCCGACCGCAGGUCAGAGCCACAGACCGUUGAUGGGCGUUGCUUGAGUCAAUCUCCAGCCGAUAUUUCCUUAAUCUUUUCAUUCGAGCACACCGAUAUCUAUUGUCUAGUGUUAAUGACAUCGCCGCUCCUCCUCUUGAUCCAACUUUGUUUUUCCUGGGAUCUAUAGAAGAUCGAGAUGCCACGCCGAUUCCACCGAAAGUCUCGUUUUGGGUGUACCGAAUGCAGGAGGCGAAGGGUUAAGUGCGACGAAGACGAACCGAUCUGCGGAAGAUGCGUGAGGACUCGCUCCAAGUGCCAUUAUCCACGCAUGGAAUCGAAUCCGGAAUCGCCGCUCUCAACUUCAAACGCCUCUGGAACGCCUUCAUCAUCGGUUGCUCGGGAUUCCUCCGCACUACAGUCGUCUUUUGAUCUGUUCGACAUGACCUUAAUGCAUCACUACGUUACUAACACUUGCAAGCAUCUCUUUAUAGGAGCGCGACAAAUCCACGUCUGGCAACAUGACAUACCUGCUCUCGCCGCCUCCAACAUUAUCCUGGUGCAUGGCUUCCUCGCGGUGACCGCCAUUCACUGCGCCUGGAAAGAACCAGCCCAACGCGACCUCUAUCGGAGUCGCGCCCUCCAUCAUCAUGGUCUAAGCCUCCCAAUCUUCCAGGAAAUGAUCGCCUGCGCCUCAUCCGAGACAGCAGAAGUUAUCGUUGCGUACUCUAUCCUCCUUUGUGUAUGGGUUUACGCCUUUCCGGAAAUAGCGACUGAGCAACUGUCUCUCGGCGACAUUCUCAGUAGGGUAGAUGUAAUACGUGGUUCUCGGACGGUUUUUCGCCUCUAUCGAGGAGUCAUCAUGGAAAGUCCCAUGCACGUCUUCUUGAGCCCUCCCCUACCAGCACCUAUCCCCGAAGACCAAGAUUCCUCUGUGCGCCGGACAUUACAGUUGCUACGGGACCAAGUAGGCCACCAAUCGGACAAAAAUGCAGUGCAGGAGUUACAGACAUUCCUGGAUCGAUAUAUGACAGGAUUUGAUUACAACCGAUUGUCCGCUGCCUGGAUGGCUUCAGUCGAAGAUGACUACUGGGUUCGUCUCCGUGAUCGUCAUCCUGACGCGGUUCUAGUCUUUUCCUACAGCACUCUCCUCAUCCGUGCUUCGGAACAUGAAUGUUGGUGGAUGUCGGGAUGGUCUGGGCGGAUCCUGCAGGCUUGUAGUGACGUCAUGAGCCCGGAGGUAAAGGAGACGAUUGAUUGGGUUCACCACGAGCAUCGAAUACGAGCAGCGGCCAACGAACUAGCAGAUAUCGUGAGAUCGAGGCAGGGAUAAGUAGAAAUGGGGCUGAGCCGCCGAAUCAUAUCUUUUAUUUGAC